CUUCCUUUUCUUCCUCUUUCUCUCUGCAAUUUCGGUGAAUUGGAGAGGAGGGUAGGGAGAGGACGGCGAGAGUGAGAGAGAGAGAGAGAGAAUGGAUCAAUCUUUCUUGUUAAUGUUGUCGAAUCUCCUCCACCUCCACAACCACCUUGAUCCCACCACCACCUCUCUCCUCUCCGACACCUCCACUGCCACCACCACUGCUACCACUUCCCCCACUUCCCCUACCUCCCUUCUCUCCUCCACCUCCGCCGCCCCACUCCUGUUCUUCACCAUCGCCUCUGUCCUUUCCUAUGUUGCCUCCUCUCGCCCAUCUUCCUCCUCCUCCACCUCCGCAGCCGCAGCCGCCGCCGCCCCCAACCCAGCGACUACUUCUUCCACUUCCGACUACUCCGUCUCCGCCUUCAGGGCACUCUCCACCGAGCACAUCUGGGCCAUGGAAGCCCCUCUCCGAGACGCCCAAUGGCGAUCGCUCUACGGCCUCUCCUAUCCCGUUUUCACCACCGUCGUCGACAAGCUCAAACCCUACAUCGCCCUCUCCAACCUCUCUCUCCCCUCGGACUACGCCGUCGCCAUGGUCCUCUCUCGCCUCUCCCACGGCUUCUCCGCCAAAACCCUCUCCUCUCGCUACUCGCUCGAACCCUACCUCAUCUCCAAGAUCACCAACAUGGUCACUCGCCUCCUCGCCACCAAACUUUACCCCGAAUUCAUCAAAAUUCCCGUCAGUCGCCGCCGUCUCCACGAAACCACCCAAGCCUUUGAAGAGCUCACCUCCCUCCCCAACAUGUGCGGCGCCAUUGACGGCAGUCCCGUCAAAAUUCGCAAUAAUUCUGCUUCUUCUUAUCGGUGUCGAUAUGGGUUUCAAUCCGUUCUUCUUCAGGUGGUCGCUGACCACAAGAAAAUUUUUUGGGAUGUUUGCGUUAAGGCACCUGGUGGCACCGAUGAUGCCACGCAUUUGAGGGAUAGUUUAUUGUAUAACCGGCUUACCUCCGGCGACAUUGUUUGGGAUAAGGUUAUCAACGUCCGGAAUCACCAUGUCAGGCCUUAUAUUGUUGGGGAUUGGUGUUACCCCUUGUUGUCUUUUUUGCUAACUCCCUUCUCUCCCAAUGGUUCGGGCGCGUCUGGACAGAACUUGUUUGAUGCGGCAUUGAUGAAGGGGCGGUCCGUGGUGGUUGAAGCAAUUGGGCUGCUCAAGGGGAGGUGGAGGAUUCUUCAGGAUUUGAAUGUGGGUAUGAAUCAUGCUCCGCAGACUAUUGUUGCCUGUUGCGUGUUACAUAAUUUAUGUCAGAUUGCAAGAGAGCCGGAGCCAGACCUUUGGAAGGAGCCGGAGGAGAGUGGACCUCCUCCUAGGGUGCUGGAGAGUGAAAAAUCAGAUUAUUUUUUCAGUGACAACUUGAGGCAGACACUGGCUGAUGAUUUGCACCAGCGGCUUUCAUCAAGAUAAGAGUUUGUACUGAGAAGGGGAUGAUUUUCAGCCUUUUGUCUCUAUAUAAUGAUGUACUUUUCCUAUAGUUUUAACAUGCUUUUAGGUUAUUAGUGGGUUUUCCUCAUUACCUCCUUAGUAAGAUCUGUAACUAUAGUUUCAGGACAACUAAGUUCCACGUGAUGAGUCUCAGUUGUAGCUGAUGGGACAAACUAACAUGGGAAUGAAAACUGAAGAUUAAAUCAAAAGAUGUCUAAUGGGAGGAAGUGGCAUAGAUCAUCCAUAGUCUGUUAGUGUGCUUUCAGUAAUGAAUUAGUUUCUUACCGCUGUUAUGUUUUUGGCCGUGUGCAUAAUGUUCAAUUUCCUCUGUUUAGAACAUGUGAAGUUAGUCCAGGCCCGAUGUCAUGUCAAUGCAUUCUUAGAGUAGAGCUGAUAAAUUUGGUCUGUUGUAGGCAUGAUGAUAUUUUACAUGUAAGAGCAAGCUAGUGGCUUUGUAAUUUUGGCUGGAAGGAAUCUCUUUUAUGAGAAUAUCAUUUUAGAAUUGUUUGUAGUUUUUUAA